CCCGGCCUGCGAGGUGCGGCGAUGCCCGGCCCGGCCUCUCCGGUGAGAGGCGCCGCCGGGCGGAGCGGGUCCGCGGGGCGUCCGGGCGUUUUGCGGGGCGGGGGCGCCGCCGCCCCCUCCGCACCAGCCCGCGUCCCCUCGGGCGAGCGUGGCUGGCGCUCGGCCGGGGCGGGCCGCAUCGCCACGUUGUCUCACCAUCGAAUUGCUUCCCUGGAAGGUCUGGAAAGGUUUCCGUCUCGAGCCUGUCAGCUUCCCGGGGCGAGGGGCGGUGGGGAGACGAUGUGCGGCCCGCACGGGGCGUCAGGGGGCCACUCAGGUGCUUCGUCGCCCCUCCCGUUUGCUCUGAACCAUGGCUGGGAAUGUUUUCAGUGUUCGGCGCUCUUUUCCGAGUCUCUCCGUAGGAGAGUCAGGUACAGAGGUGUGAAAUGGAAAUGGAAGAGGGUCAACCUUCUUUCGCGUAUUAAUCAUAAAGUGUUCGUGCCCUUUUAGAUAAAGAGCAGCAGAGAGUUGCCCAUGUAGCAAAGGUAGUUGUGCUGGGGAAGACCAUUUUGGUUUUUAACCAAUAAAUUGGCUUCCGAGUUAAUCAAUGGAAGGUGCUUAGUUUGAAAGGUAAAUAUAUGACCUUUUGAAGCCCAAGCAGUGCUGAGAUCGACUGUGCUCGCUCCCUCCCCGCUGCUGGCGCCGCGUGUGUGUGUGUGUGUGUGUGUGUGUGUGUGUGUUGGGAUUUCUCUUCGGAGUGUCCCACCUCUUCUCUCAAACUGUUCACCUACCUGCGCUAUAAAUCCCUUUCUUUAACAAUUACCAAGCCUCUUACUCCCAGGAUUGUCACAUUUCUUUUCCAUCAUCUUCAGACAAACAUAGUUUUCAGACGCAGACAUUUUUUUGCCGAUAAUAGUGUUGCAAGCCUCUUCGUCCUUAAAAUGAACAUCAAAAGUUAUCUUGAAUAUCGACCCGACAGGAAAAGCUGGGUUAAUGAGAGCACGGAGAGGAUGCAGUGUUCCUCUUCCGGAGACACGCCUUCCCCUCCCCCAUCCUCCUUGGCCCAUUACUGGCUGGUCAUUUCUGAAUUCACUUCUGGAGUCCGAGAAUAUAGUAUUUAAUGUAAAGUCCAUGCUUAAGUGGUGAAAAUGGCAGGCUUCCUAGAUAAUUUCCGUUGGCCAGAAUGUGAAUGUAUCGACUGGAGUGAGAGAAGAAAUGCAGUGGCUUCUGUAGUAGCAGGUAUAUUGUUUUUUACAGGUUGGUGGAUAAUGAUUGAUGCAGCCGUGGUAUAUCCUAAGCCAGAACAGCUGAACCAUGCCUUUCACACAUGUGGUGUAUUUUCCACAUUGGCUUUCUUCAUGAUAAAUGCCGUGUCCAAUGCUCAGGUGAGAGGUGACAGCUAUGAAAGCGGCUGUUUAGGAAGAACAGGUGCUCGAGUUUGGCUCUUCAUUGGUUUCAUGUUGAUGUUUGGGUCACUUAUUGCUUCUAUGUGGAUUCUUUUUGGUGCAUAUGUUACCCAAAAUACUGAUGUUUAUCCAGGACUAGCUGUGUUUUUUCAAAAUGCACUUAUAUUUUUUAGCACUCUGAUCUAUAAAUUUGGAAGAACUGAAGAGCUAUGGACCUGAGAUCACUUCUCAAAUCACAUUUUCCUUUUGUUAUAUUCUAUUUGUAGAUAAGUUUUUAUCUCUCAAUAUAAUUUACACAUUGCCAAAUGGAAUAGAUUGUACAUUAAAUGUUUUGUUCCUUUACACUUUUAUGCUCUGAGUUUUGAAAUAGUUUUAUGAAAUUUCUGUCCUUUUUUUUUUCAUUGAAUAGAUUGUUAAUAUGUACAUAGUAUAAGACUAUAUAGAUGAGAUGAUCUGUGUCGGUUUUUUUAUUCUUGAAGACUUAAAGCUUAAUCUGUUCCAUGAGCCAGGGUUGUAUCAUCAUCUAAUUGUAAAGUUAACUACUUUGUCUCAGUAUCUCUAAUUUUCAAAAUGUGCAAAAAAUACAGCUCCAUAUACCUGAAAUAAGCGCUGAGCCAUUAAAAAAGGUAUUUCAGCAAGUUGUAAUUUAUUUUGGCUUAAAAAUGAGAUUUCUUUUUAAAGGAAAAAUGUUUGUUCUUAUGUAUAAAGUGGACUUUUAUAUGAAGAUUUUUUAAAAUGCCUGAAGGACUAGUUUGAAAGCCUCUUUUAAAAACAAUUCCUCUCAUAUGACUUUAUUUCAGAAGGGUUAAUACAUGAUCAGAUAAGCUCAGUUUUAUAUUGUUGAUGUAAAAAGACUGUAAGGCAGGUUCAGCAACGUGCUUCUUACAAAAGCAGCUUAAAUGGUUCUCUUUUGACAGCCUACUAUUAUCUGACAUUACAAAAUUCUAUAUCAAGCAAGUUUGAGACAACUGCAGCUUAAAAGCAUGAACCAUAUAACAAAAAGUGGAAUAAUUAGUUUCAAGAUAAAGCACUUCUUCCCAAAGGGGAUUAUUAUGACCUAGUGAAAAAUUAGGCGUUUCAUCCACUCAGUUACUGACUGCAAGUGUCUUUUUGCUCUAGCUCUCAAGCUUUAGGUGAACUCUUCUUGCAGAAUACGUCUUUAACCUGAAAGUUCUUACUCCAGUCAAAAACUUCUUUUGCUGGGUUUGAAAUACUGUAUUUGCACUGAGUGUAUUCCCGUGAGAGAUUUCAGAGGGAUAGUUGGGUCUUUAUUUCUACUUUUGCUUUCCUUUGUUAUACAGGUUUUUUUUUUGUGUUGCACUUUUUUCCUCCAGAGGGAUUUUUCUAGAGCCUUUUGUUGUAAGACAGAAUAAUAUCAGUGGUAUUAUAUGCAGCUUCUAAUAUAAGCCUUAUUUUGCUUAAUGUCUCUCCUCUCUGAGGAUUUACUGUGCACAGAGUAUGAAGCAGUUGUGGAAUGCUGUGCCUUUGUCUAGAUACCAUCUUGUUUAAUUCUUUCUUUGUUGUUUUUUCCUCAAAAAAACUGUAUCUUGCUUCCAACAAAUUUUAAGACUGAUUACUUGUUUCCACUCCCUUCUAACCUCUUGCAAUAAAUAUUACUUCUCACA